GAUAUGUUACUUUGAAAUAGGUCCUUUUUAACGCUGAUUUAAAGUAGCCCGAAUUUUUUGUGGGCGAGUGUAUAUAAGUGAAAAUUAUUUUUGCUGAAAAAAAAAUUCUUUUCGGUGACAUUAUCUGAUUUACUAAGUAUACUAACAUUAACAAAUUUUACUAAUUUGAAGCUGAAAUACUAAUAUUUAGCAUUGCUUAGGCAAAUAUACCAUCAAUCAAGAGAAAAGAGGAGAGAUAUAUAGAUUUCCAUCCACUGCUUUUCUGUCAAAUAUAUCUCUUCUGUGCUUACGAAAAGAUGAUUUGUCUCGAAACUCAGCAUUUUAAUGUCAAUCGAAUCCUGCUGCUUGCCGUUGGUUUGUGGCCUUAUCAACGAUCGCGAAUUGUUGAACUUCAGUUAAUUUUAUUUUUUGGCAUUCUGACAACUUUCAUUAUAUUCCAAUUUACCACAUUCUUGACAUCAAAAUGUACUCCAGAACAUAUUAUCAAGAUUAUUUCUACUACAUUUUUCUGUACAUACUAUGUGAUCAAAUACAAUUCGUUUUGGAUUAACGCCGAUACUAUAAGAAGUUUGCUGGAUCGGCUCCAAGAUGUAUGUAACGAGCUAAGAGAUGAGAAUGAAAUCGCUAUUCUAAAAAAAUACGGGAGCAAGGCGAAACGUUACACAACUGCAAUUAUACGUAAGACAUGA